GAGCUUCGUUGUCACCGUCGCCGAGAAGAUCAAACAAAUUCUUGGAGAAAGUAGACAUUCGCGAUUGGAUAUUGGAUAGAACAGGAAGAGCCUACAAAAAAUUUUCCUUUCACUAUUUGCUAGUGGAGUUCGAACCCAACGCGCAAAACAAAGGUCACGUGACUCGGAUCCUGGCCACCCAGACAAUGAAUGAGCGCGCCUAACCCCACUCCCCUCAAGCUUUCUUAUUCUACUCCAAUGUCUACCACUCCCAUUAGGAAUAACCAGGCAUCCUACGAUGCCAUUCCUUCCGACCCCGAGGGUCAACAAAUUCCAAACGGCCAUAGAAAGGCUAGCAAGCGAACAAAAAUUGUCUUGUCUACCGCACUAGGCGUUAUUGCUGUUGCCGCUAUCACUGUAGCUAGUGUAUAUUAUUGGACUGCUCCAGCUGCACAUCCACGAAACGUUAUCAUGAUGGUCUCUGACGGAUUUGGCCCUGCUUCGGAAACAUUUGCUAGACAAUAUCAUGCCUGGGAUAACGACUUGGAUUACAAAUCCAUCCUCCCACUCGACUCCAUCCAUGUUGGCCAAAGUCGUACACAAAGUUCAUCCAGUUUGGUCACGGACAGUGCAGCCGGUGCUACCGCAUUCUCAUGCGGCUUAAAGUCUUACAACGGCGCCAUUGGUGUUGAUCCGGAGGAAAAUCCUUGUGGAACGGUUUUGGAAUCUGCCAAAAUUCACCAGAAUAUGUUGACCGGUCUGGUUGUCACCUCCCGAGUGACACAUGCCACACCGGCUGCUUUCUCGGCACACGUUGCUUGGAGAGAUUGGGAAAACGACAUUGCGCUACAACAGAUUGGAGAAAACCCGCUUGGUCGAACCGUUGAUUUGAUGUUUGGAGGCGGCCGAUGCCAGUUUUUGACCAACCAAUCUGAAGGAGGCUGCAGACUCGACACUCGAGACUUGCUGACGGAAGCCAAGACAACAUAUGGCUGGAAGACCGUAUUGGACACACGCCAGGCAUUUGACGCAUUAACCGAUGAAUCAGAACUCCCUCUUAUGGGCCUGUAUACUCCCAGUCACAUGUCGUACAACAUUGAUCGCGAUCCCGCCAUUGAACCUUCUUUGGCCGAAAUGAGCUCCAAAGCACUUGGCAUCCUAUCCAAGGCAUCCAAAAACCAAGGCACUGGAUUUUUCUUGUUGAUUGAAGGAAGUCGCAUUGACAUGGCUGCUCACACUAACGACCCUGCCGCUCAUCUCCAAGAAAUUCUCGCUUACCAAGAUACCAUUCAGGUGGUCAAGGACUUUGUAGAUGCUAACCCUGGUACCGUCGUUGUUUCCACUAGCGAUCACGAGACUGGUGGUUUCACAUUGGGUCGUCAAACAACUCCAGAUUAUCCCGAAUACAAGUGGGAACCAGCUGUCAUUAAGCGCGUCAAGCGAUCCGCUGAAUUAUUGGCCCGUCAAUUGAUGGCGCAAAAGUCCUUUAAGCCUGACUAUGUCAAGGAUUAUAUCAUCAAGGACAGCUUGGGUAUCACGGAUGCCACACACGACGAAAUUGCCUACCUUGAAAAAUGGCAAGAGAACAACCUGACAUCAUCCAAUAUUGAAGAACACCUUUCCAACAUGGUCAGUGUUCGUGCUCUAAUUGGGUGGACAACCCACGGUCACACGGCUGUUGACGUGAACUUGUAUGCUUAUGGUCCCGAAAGCGAUAAGCUUCGAGGUACCCAUGAAAACACUGAUAUUGGUGAUUUCAUCUCCGGGUACCUUGGACUUGAUCUUGCCGCCAUUACCGAUGAAUUGAAGAGGAAAAUGUCUUCUAUUGCUUCGAUAUCCAUGAAGCCAAAUAUUGAAGAGCGCUACGGUCAUAGCAUGUAAACCAGCGGCUGGACUGCAAGACUUUCAGGUCUUUCAAUUUCUUUUCAGGUCUUUUUUCUGUGAGGCCAUAUUUAUGCUUUGUGGGCCCCCUACAUUUUUGAUCUCUACACCUCCAUUUUCUGCGAUUAACACAAGCGCUGUUCUGUGUUGUUACUACCAGCAUGUUAUGUGUUGUUAUCACAAGCAAUUUCCGCGAUUAGCACGAACAUGUUGUUAUCACAUAAAUAUGAUCUAUAAAUGUGAAUGUCUUCAUUUGGACUUGCCAACACCAACGGCCUUUGCAUC